GUCCCGGAGGCCAUCAAGUCCCAGUAUCGGAUCCCACCAGCAUUAAUGGCGCCCGCAGCCAUCCGGGACGGGGAGCUGAUUUGCAACGGCUUUUCCGAGGAGUCUUUGCCGAAGGCCCCUGGCAGCCCCUCCCAGCACUUAGCCGCCCAAUCGGAACAGCAAGAGUGGCUGUGUAGCAUCGUGGCCCUGCAGUGCAGCAUCCUCAAACACUUAUCGGCCAAGCAGGCCCCUUUUUCCUGGGACUCGGAGCAGGCGGAGAAAGGGGACGUCAAGCCGCUGCUGGCGGCCGACAGCUCCUUCGCCAGUCUGUACCAGGCGACGGACAAGCCCAGCGUCCCCCCUCCCAGUUGCACCUCGGGGCUCAUCCCCCAGAACUCCUUGCAGGACGAGACCCCCUACCCCUCCUCCGUGGACCGGCCCAAGAAACCUCCUCCCCCCUGCGGGACGUCGAAUGGCCUGGGUGCCGCCGCCGAGGUGAAGAUCAACGGCCCCAGCUUCUACGGGGAGGCCUCCGCGCCCGCCUCGCCCAGGCUGAGCGGGCAAGGCGGGUCCUUGUCUCACCGGCAGCAGCCCUGGCCGAGAUCCGCUACUCCUCCAGCGGCUUGUGGGCUCCUCAACCACGUGUCUGGCGCCGUUGUGAAAACUGAGAACGCUGCGGGACCCGUCUCGUGCCCCCACAAGGUGGCCGUGCCCGUCACCACCCUGCUGGCCUCCCUCCCCAGCUCUUGCUUCAGCCUGGAAGCCGCCACGGCCUGGCCCCAGAAGAACACUCAGGCGCCAAUCGGGCCUCUGCUAGCUACGGAUCUGGGCGCAGCGGACUCCCCCGUCUCCGCCACGUGGGCACUCACUCCUCACCCAGCGGCUGUAGGGGAGGGAGGCUCUGCCGUGGCCCCUGCCCAUGGUUUUUGUUCCUCAGCCCCACCUCCAGAUGGGAAGCUGAGCCCAAGCCCCCUUCCUGCGUUAGCGGCCCCUUCCUCGCUCCCUUCCAACUCUUCAGCCGCAGUGGACCUGGCGGGGCCCGUGAAGGCAUUAAUAGACGGCAGCGGAGCAGAGAUCGAGAUCGGGAUGCUGGACGAGAAGCUGGUCAAGUUCCUGGCCUUGCAGAGGAUACACCAGCUCUUCGCCUCCAAAGCUCAACCGGCGGCCGACAGCGUGGGGUGCCCCCCGCCCACUUCUGCUAGCAACCCUGCCGAAGGACAGAGGAAGGAGGUGCAGGCCCGGGCAGUCUUCUACCCACUCCUUGGCUCGGGCAGCGCGGUGAACAUGUGCUACAGGACCCUCUACAUCGGGACAGGAGCAGACAUGGACGUGUGCCUUACAAACUACGGUCACUGCAACUACGUCUCGGGCAAACACGCCUGCAUCUUCUACGAUGAGAACACCAAACAUUACGAACUGCUCAACUACAGCGAGCACGGGACCACGGUGGACAACGUCCUGUACUCGUGCGACUUCUCGGAGAAGGCCGCCUUCAUCCCGCCCAGCAGCAUGGUUGCCAAAGUCCAGAGCGUGAUCAAGCGCCACAAGAACCGGAAGCCGCCAGAGGAAGAGCCGUCGGCGCCUCCCGGCGAAGAGACGUCCGCGAUGCGUGCCCAGGCGCAGGGCCAGCCCCAGCCGCCCUGCAGCUGCAGAGCCAGCAGCUCCAGCCUGAUCGGGGGCAGCGGGGCUGGCUGGGAGGGAACGGCCCUCCUGCACCACGGCAGCUACAUCAAGCUGGGCUGCCUGCAGUUCGUCUUCAGCAUCACGGAGUUCGCAACCAAGCAUCCCAAGGUGGACGCCUCGGCCUUAGCCCAAGAGACGGACUUAGAGGAGAAGCUGUCCCCCAGGGGCCCCCAGGCCCCCGUGCUCCGGUCCAACUCAGUGCCAUAGGAGCCGUGGGGCGGCCCGGGGAGGUGGGGGGGGGGAGAAGCCCUCCUCUCUCCCCCUCCCCCCACCGGAUCAGAGACGCCUGUUCGUUUGACACGACCCCCCCACCCACCCCGUCUGUCCGCAUUUCUUUUUCUUUUUCUCCUCCAUGGGGGCUGCAGACUUUGGAGGCCCUUUGCAUGAAAUGAAGAAACUUUCAAUUUUUUUUUUUUUUAAUGGUUUGCUCAAGUUUUAGGGGCAUUUGCACAUAUAUUUGUACUAUACAUUUCAUUUAAAA